CUCAUGAUGCUAGACAGCCUAGAAAUCAGAGACAGGGAGAAAGAGAAACAAGACAGUCAAUUCCUUCCUCCAAACUCCUCUUCGCCUCUAAGUAAAAUUUGAGAAAAUUGAAAAAAGUUUGAAUCAUCGUAUUAUAAUUUUGUUCUAUCAACAAUUUCUUUGAAGUUGCUGAUUUUGUGUAUAUAAUUAGGGCUCCAAUUUUAAUCAAAUCAGAGCUCAACAACUGAUACACAUAUACUUAUAUACAUAUUUAUAUAUCGAUACAUUGAGAGAUAAGAAAGGGGGUUUUCGGGACUAGGGAAGAUGUUGUCGAAUCAUUUGCAGAAUGGGAUGGAGACGGCGAAGUUGCUGUGGUCGCGGCUGCCGAAUUCCGAUGCGGAGGAAGACGGUGAGGCCGUUGAAGAGCUCGGCCGAUAUGGAAAGAGUGAUGGAACCUCGGUCGAGAGCCUUGACUAUGAAGUAAUUGAAAAUUACGCCUAUCGACAAGAACAGGCAAAGAGAGGAAAACUGUAUACAGGUUAUAGUGUGGCGGUGAAGUGGUUCUUCGCUUUGCUAGCUGGGAUUGGUACUGGACUAGCUGCUGUUUUCAUCAACAUUUCUGUCGAAAAUUUUGCUGGUUGGAAGUAUUCAUUGACAUUUGAUAUAAUUCAAAAGUCCUACCUGGCCGGAUUCUUGGUAUAUAUGUUGAUCAACUUGGCUCUUGUGUUAUCUUCUGCAUAUAUUAUCACAAACUUUGCACCAGCAGCUGCAGGAUCUGGAAUUCCUGAAAUCAAGGGUUAUUUAAAUGGAAUUGAUACACAUGGUAUACUUCUGUUCAGAACAUUGAUAGGGAAGAUUUUUGGAAGCAUAGGUUCAGUGGGAGGUGGCCUAGCCCUUGGCAAAGAAGGUCCACUUGUACAUACUGGUGCUUGUAUCGCUUCCUUGCUCGGUCAAGGUGGAACAACAAAAUAUCAUCUUAGUUCAAGAUGGUUACAAGUUUUUAGGAGUGAGAGGGAUCGUCGUGAUCUUGUCACCUGUGGAUGUGCGGCAGGAGUGGCUGCUGCUUUUAGAGCUCCAGUCGGUGGUGUAUUGUUUGCGCUAGAAGAAGUGACAUCAUGGUGGAGGAGUCAGCUUAUGUGGCGUGUCUUUUUUACAUCUGCCAUUGUGGCUGUUGUUGUACGUACAGCAAUGGGAUGGUGUAAGAGUGGAAAAUGUGGGCAUUUUGGUUCUGGCGGAUUCAUUAUAUGGGACAUCUCAGACGGUCAAGAAGAUUACUCCUUUCAGGAGUUGUUGCCAAUGGCGGUCAUUGGCGUAAUUGGGGGUCUUCUUGGAGCACUAUUUAAUCAGCUUACAAUUUACAUUACUCACUGGCGGCGAAAUUACUUGCAUAAGAAAGGGAACCGUGUCAAAAUCAUUGAAGUGUGUAUUGUCUCUGUGAUAACCUCAGUCAUUUCAUUUGGAUUACCACUUUUCCGAAAAUGUACGUCAUGUCCUGAAGCAGAUCCUAAUUCCGGUAUUGAAUGUCCACGUCCACCAGGAAUGUAUGGCAAUUAUGUCAAUUUUUAUUGCAGUAACAAGAAGGAAUAUAACGACCUCGCAACCAUAUUUUUUAACACUCAGGAUGAUGCCAUAAGAAAUCUGUUUAGUGCAAAAACAGUUCAUGAAUUUAGCGCGCAAAGCCUGCUGACAUUUUUGGUUAUGUUUUACACUCUAGCUGUGGUGACCUUCGGUACUACUGUUCCAGCUGGUCAAUUUGUUCCUGGAAUAAUGAUAGGCUCUACGUACGGGCGGCUUGUUGGCAAGUUUGUUGUUAGUUUCUACGAGAGGCUGAAUAUUGAAGAGGGAACAUAUGCUCUUUUAGGAGCUGCAUCGUUUCUUGGAGGGUCAAUGCGGAUGACUGUUUCUCUUUGUGUAAUCAUGGUUGAGAUUACGAAUAAUUUGAAGCUCUUACCUCUUAUCAUGCUGGUUCUCCUUAUAUCGAAGGCUGUUGGUGAUGCUUUCAAUGAAGGCCUCUAUGAGGAACAAGCGCGACUUAGAGGCAUUCCCUUACUUGAAUCAAGACCAAAAUACCAAAUGCGGAAUAUGACUGCAAAGGAGGCAUGUGGGAAUCAAAAGGUGGUCUAUUUUCCUCGUGUUGUCAAGGUUGCUGAUGUUCUUUAUAUUUUGAGAAGCAACAAUCACAAUGGCUUUCCAGUCAUUGAUCACACAAGAAGUGGAGAAACGCUUGUUAUUGGUCUCAUUCUGCGAAGCCAUUUGUUAGUGCUUUUGCAGUCGAAGGCCGAUUUUCAACAUAGUCCACUGCCCUGUGAGUCAAGAAGUGGAACUCUGCCAAUCAGGCACAAUCUCACAGAAUUUGUUAAACCGGUUUCCAGUAAGGGAAUAUCUAUACAUGAUGUUCACCUAACUGCAGAUGAUCUGGAAAUGUACAUUGAUCUAGCUCCGUUUUUGAACCCCUCUCCAUAUGUUGUUCCUGAAGACAUGUCAUUAACAAAGGUAUAUAAUUUGUUCCGUCAACUAGGACUAAGACAUAUACUUGUUGUUCCACGUGCAUCUCGUGUUAUUGGAAUGAUUACAAGAAAGGAUUUGUUAAUAGAGGAUAAUGAAGAUUCAAAUGGUGUAGAGCUUCAAUCCACCAGUGUAAGAGCUGAGGAAGGUGACCGAAGAAAAUUUAGGAGGAGAAUAAAUGCUGAACAACCAUUACUCGAUGGUCUUCUAGUUUAAAGUUGGCUGUGUCGCUGAUGAUACCAUGGACCAAGUUUGUUUGUCUUCCUGUUUUUUAACUGUAGAUUUUAUUCUUUAUCGUCUCAAAAGUUGUACUUGGUUAUUUUAGGAAAGGUAUAUAUUGUAUUAUUGAUUAUUGCCCCUUCUUACAGGGGCAAAAAAGGAAUAGAAAUUUCCCAGUUUUAUCAGAUGUCAUGACCGCACUCCAAAUUAUUGUACCCUGCUAUAAUCAUGAAGAAAGAAUUUAGGGUGUGUUAGAUUA